AUGCCUGCCUCCGCCCCGCAAACGGUGCUUCCAAAACGCCUUGAUGCUUCCAAGACCUCUGAGUGCCACGUGUCCUUCAGACAUGCCCUCUGUCCCGACUGGAAGAGGAGACCUCAGGCCCAGGCGGUGCAGCCCUUCUGUGCCCAGGCAGAGGAGGGGGCUGGCAGCAGACUGGCCCUGUGGCUGGCAGCUGGCAUUUCCUCGCUGGCCUGCUCCCGGCGCCUGUCCCCGUUGAGGCCGCGCUGUCCUUCUUUUGGAGCGUUCACCUGGUCCUUUCUCGCCUGCUUCCACCUCUGGGCGCGGCUCCUUCCCCUCCCCACUCUGGAAAGGGCGCUUCGUCACCCAGAAGAAGCAAAGGCCUUCCCGAGAAGCGGUUAUCUUCACUUAACAAAGAACUGGUUCCUCAAAUGCAGAACGCACCCCUUUCAGCUUAGAUCUCAGAUUCAGGAGGGAACCGGCUUCUGUAAGGCCACGCCCGCCGCGGUUGGAGCGGGAGCGCGCUCUGCGCCCGGGAUCCCGGGCCAGCACCACGGUCAGCGCCCGGUCCGCGGAGCGCCCCAGCCACCCGAGCGCCGCCCCCGCGCCGCCGCCGGCAGAUCGCCCUGCAGGGGACACGCCCCAAGGUCAAGUCGGGCCAAGGCGCGGGGAUCGGUCUGA